AUGUCAUCUUCAAUGGGCGAGCACGGCGCCUUCAAAACGGCAGCAGUAGCACAAAGUCAAUCCAAACCAGGGUUGGAGAGCAAAUUGGCAUUUCCCAGUGAAUCAAGCAAAUUGGAGGGCGAGGGGAGUUUUGUUGAAUACGUGGGCUCGGGUAAACUCAAAGGCAAGAACGUGCUCAUCACCGGGGGCGAUUCUGGAAUUGGUCGUGCGGUAGCCAUUCUGAUGGCGAGAGAGGGUGCCAAUAUCAGCAUUGUCUAUCUACCAAAGGAGCAAGAAGACGGCGAGACCACGAAGACGAGGGUUGAGAAUGAGGGUAUGCAUUGUCUGCUUAUCCCGGGAGAUUUGAGAGACCGGAACUUCUGCCGUGAGGCAGUAGAGAAACAUGUUGCAAAAUUCGGCAAUAUCAAUGUACUUGUCAACAAUGCGUCGAAGCAAUACAUGUGCAAGGACUUUGUGGAUAUUGACCUGAGGAAGACAGAGGAUAUCUUCAAUUCCAACAUCAUCCAGAUGAUCGCCAUGGCGAAGUUCGCCCUCCCCCACAUGCAUAAAGGCGAUUCUAUCAUCAACACUUCGUCUGUUGUGACGUUUAAGGGAUCAGGUACCAUGAUUGAUUAUGCUGCGACUAAAGGCGCCAUUAUCGGCUUCACCAGAUCUUUAGGAGCCCACUUGAUCCCCAAAGGCAUUCGAGUCAAUGCCGUGGCGCCCGGCGCUAUCUACACUCCGAUCCAAGUCGACACUCGAGAAGCUAAACAGAUGGAGGGUUGGGGCUCGAAAAUAGGCCUCGGUCGACCCGGUGAGCCCAGCGAGGUUGCAACCAGCUUCGUUUUCCUAGCCAGUGCGGAUGCUUCUCUAUAUUAUGGACAGGUUAUGCAUUGCUACCCGCUAGGUGACUAG